GAAAGCCGAAUCCGCACUAUAACAGGAAUAAUGGCGAACCCUCCGCCCGGAAUAAACAGCUUGGGUCCUCCGGGGCUGGACGUUUCCCAGCUUGCCAGAUUCACUUCCGCCACAAACAAUAUGGUGGGAUCACACUUUUUCGUUCUCUGAAUUCCAGUGGCUUCAUUAUGUCAAGGUGGCCCAUCUACCGCAGCCGGCAUGGCUAAGCAAAGUCUACUAUGGUGAUUAGCCGGUUUCCCACACUCAAGAUGGCGGCGCGAGUUUCAAAGAAAGCGAAAGGUGGGAUUUGCUAAACAGCCAAAGCGCGCGCGAAAGUUUUAGGUCAGCGCCAGAAGCUAUCACUGCUAUGGCUUCUUCAAACCCUUGGGAUGCUGUGCAGCCGUCGGCGGCUGGGCUGCUACUAACUCGGUGCCUGUCCGCGGGAGUGGUGUCCCAGGAGGCUGUGGACAUAUGUGGAAAACCAGCUCCUUGUUUUGUUCACCUCUCAGAAGCAGAACAAGUUGCAGAUCUACAAGCUGAACUCAGCCAGAUUAAGCUGGAUACUGAAAUCCUGCAGAUGGAAAAAGAUACAGCAGAUGUUACGCAUCCAUUCUAUCUGACUCAGAAGUGCCAGGCUCUGCAAGUGAUGAACAGGCAUCUAGAAGCAGUGCUGAAAGAGAAGAGGACUCUUAGGCAGAGGCUAGUGAAACCAUUGUGUCAAGAAAGUCUGCCCAUUGAAGCUGCCUUUCACAGGCAUGCAGUAGAAUUGUUGGCUGUGGCGGUGGCUUUCAUUGAAAACCUAGAAAUCCAUCUAAAUGCAGUAAGGAGCAUUCCUCAGAUACCUCUAACUAUGAAAAAUAUGGACAGUGCACUAGCAAAAAUAGACUUGCUGGUAACAGAGACAGAAGAGCUGGCAGAACAUAUAAUGGUGUGGAGAGAGAAACAAAAGGGAAUCUUCUCUGACAAUUCACAGCUGACUGUUGGAUCAGAUUCCUGGUUCAAAAGUAUAUCUCUACAAUAGUGCACACUCCCCCCCCCCUUCUCCUUCCCAAUUUCAAGGCUACUUAGCAAUUUUGUAGGUUGAUAGAACACAUCUGCAUUUUAUUCUUGCUCUCAGAUUUACAACCAGUUGUGUUUGCCUUCCAGAAUGAUUAUUUGUAUGUGGAACUAGUGUUAUGUAGAAAUCGACAAUGGAUGUUAAAUGGACCUGGAUGUUACAAGGAAUAUUUUAAAGAAGCAAUUUCAUGAUACUGCUGUAAUGUCAACUUUAUGUUCAUAUGUCUUAUAUUUUAUAGAAAGUGAAUAAACCUAACAUUACCUAUUUUAAAA